AUGCGUCAUCAUCCUGAGCAGCAUUUUGCGGCAGCCAUGCCGUCCCCAGGGAUCCUAGGUGGCUACGACCCUCAGCUCGGAGGCUACACCCACCAGAUCAACGUGGCGGCUCCAAGCCUGGGAGUGCCAGGCCUUCAGGCUCCGCAGGGCCUCCAGAUGCCUCCACCUUUGCCACUGGCAUCGCCUCUUGCCGUACCCUCCCUGGAUGUGAGCCUGGAUCCUGCAUCCCCAGAGCAGCUGAAUGAUCUUGCAGCCAAGGGGAAGCAGCUGGAGGCCCUACAGAACUACUACGCCUCUUUGCAGCAGACGCUGCAAGCUGAGCGUGAGUGUGCUUCCGGCUCCUGCGACAAGGUGUUAAUGAAGCUCCGGGAAGAGGUGGCAGGCCUAUCGCCGAGCCUGGUGGCCUUAUCUGAGAAUGUGACGCAGUCGAGUCAGCUGGCACAGGAUAUUCACAGGUGGUUCGUGGCGAAUGGUCCUCGAAUACGUGGAUACCAGGAGUCAACGGACCCGAGCGGCUGGCUCGCAGAAGAUACCAAGGAGCUGCUUCAGAAGGUGGACUCGCUUGGACUUCGGUGGAAGCAGCUGCAGGCGGUGGCCUUCAGUGAGCUCUCGCCCAGUCGCGUCGUGGAGGUUCCCACAGCUGCUUCCACAACCGCAACCGCCUCAACUAGGUUCUGCCCCUCCGGCCAUGCGAUGUCCGUAUUCACGGCCGCCAAGGACGGUGCUACCUGCCAGAUCUGCGGCGCCCUGCACGCGCCUGGCAGCGUGCUGAUGAGAUGUGAUCUGUGCGGGCACGAGGCCUGCAUGGGCUGCACCGCGAAGGCGGCAGACCUCCAGGUUAGCGCGAGCCCUCUGCCAGCAGCACGCGACCGGCCAAAGCAGCCGGAGACCAUCCCGGAGGACCUGCCCGUAUCGGUGGACUGCGGCACGCCGGUUGGCACGCCCAUGGCGGAGCCCUCGGAAGAGGAGACGGGCCAGCCCGGUGCUCGGUACUCUGUGAAAGCCACCAAUGUGACUGGAUCUUUCGGCCUUUGCGCAUGCUCAGGCCAUCAGCCCAAGCCCGAUGUGUGCGGCGACAUGGCUUCCGAGAAGGAGGAGUUCUUCCUCACCAUCGGCCCCGGUGGGCCGGCAAUGCACCGCCUGGUCCACGAGGAGUUGGGGCUCCUCAGUGCAGUUGCCGUGGAGCGUUUUGGGCAGGCGCGCUUCUUCUUCUCGGCACCGCUGGAGCCUGUGCAGCGCUUCUUCAGCCUCCGUGCGCCGGAGAAGCUCUAUGUUCUCGCUCUGCGUUUCGAGAGUGCCUCGCUGCAGUGGCCUCCGGAGAGGGAGGCUGCGGAGUCUGCACUGGCACAGCUCGUUGCAGCUGCGGACUGGGCCAAGGCUUUGCGGGUUUGGCGUCGCUUCUCGCCGGACCGCGAGGCGCUCCCCCGCAGCUUCCGUGUGACCGGCAAGCGUGCUGGGCAACGAGGGUCUCAGCUUAGUUCAAACGGCAUAGCUGAGUUCGUCGGCGAGGCACUGACCGAGACCAUGGGCUGGCAGGUGGACCUGCGUGACUACGAUUUGGAGGUUGUGGUGCAUUUGAACGAUGAGCAUCUGAUCGUUUGCUUGCCGCUUCUGGAACGCGGGGAGGCUCAACAGGCACAAUUUGCGCUGCCGGGUCUUUCUCAGCCGGUCGCCUGGGCCAUGGCAAGGAGCGUCGAGCCCUUGGCAGGAGAUGUCGUCGUCGACCCGAUGUGCGGGUCUGGCAUCGUGCUCUUCGAGGCGGCGCAGUGCUGGCGGGGUGCGUGCUACCUCGGCUUUGACAUGGAUGCCUCACAGCUGGACACGCUUCCAUUCCUGGGAAUCUGA